AACACAUUUCGGUUUGACUUUGUCAACAAUCUUAGGGCGCAAGUUUGCAUAGUAUUUACUUGAGGCUUUUCCACUUUUGCUGGUUAGAAUGGCGAAAUCGUGACGCAUUCACCAUGCUGACUUCUAGUGGUCUCUAAGACCGGCUGAUGUAAAAUGGCCGCCGCUGGUGACCGCGGAAAGCGAGACACGAAGAGCUUGCUAAACAGAUUUGGAGGAGAUGAAGGAAAAGCCGAAGAAAAUAGGUUGCAUCGACGUGCAGCCAAGUCCAGAUCUUACAGGUUGGGUUGAACACUUUCAUGUCGUUUGUGGUAGUUAUAAAUGAUUAGAAAAGCUUGAAUGUAUACUCAGAUGGUACAGGAAAUCAUUUUCGAGAUUGUUUCGAGUUAGGUAUUUUGCCUACAUGCUGUGCUUUUCAGUCGUAACGUUUUAGUUAAACUAAGCGGCCUGUAUUUUUCCCUUGAUAUAUUACGUGUAGAUUUUCAGGUUUCGCAUCAAAUUUAACGACUCACUAACGGGUAAAUAAAUAUUUAAUUUCGCAUCUUUAAGUUAUGGGGUGCGAUUACGAGCUUGCUGGUGUUAAUUUUUUAUUCAGAAAUUUGUUCUCUGAGCUUUUAAAUUUGUUUUGGAAUUGAAAAUGUCGAAUGUAGUUGACCCCAACUCUGAGAGUUCCGCUUCUGCUAUUGAAUUUGAUUUGUUUCCUUUUUCCGAUAUUUGACUACAGAUUUAUUGAUUUCUUCAGUAAAAAUUGUUGCGGAUUUCGAUAACUAUUUCUUACCGCAAGAAACUGAAAAUAAAACGAGUGUUAUGCAUAAAAAAUUGAUAUCAAACUGAAUUCAUGUCACGAUAUGAUUUAUUUGCACCCGAAUGCAUUUGAAUUUGUUUGCCCGUAAUGCUUCCAUUUGUAAUUUCCUUCUUUUAUAUUUUGACUGCUUCCUAUCAGUUAAAAAAUAAACGCGAUUCAAAGUGGGUUACAGAUUUUUAUCACUUAUAUCGGCAAAUCUGUUACUUAACUCACAGGUAAAGCUCUCAAAUGAAAUUGUAUUGUGCCAAGCUAAGCUUUAAAUUCUAUGAAGAUACAUCAGCUACACGACGAGAUAGAUUUUCCUUAUUUAACUUUUGUUUAGCAAACAAAGCGAGCAGCUUGAUCGGCUUUGGUGUUUUCAAGACGUAAUUUAAACUUGGAAAUGAAUGAGUCUGUAAUUAAGGUGACCUUUUAAUGCUAAACGCAAAUCAAAACUUAUUUUUGCUGCGCCUAAUGGUUUUUUCAAUUCUGAUCAUAACUUUAUUUGCAUGACUAACUUCUCUUCUGACGUGGUAGUUUCGAACUUUGAAUGUGUAUUGCUAUUCUUUAUAGAAAUUGCGUUAGAACAAUAACUGUUAUUAUUUUAACUAACAUGUUUUUACUUUCUUUUUAUUUUCUAUUUUCUUUGCAAUUGGGUUGUAAAAAAAUUUCUUUUCUGGAUCAAUGUAAAUGUAGCAUGUCAAUACAUGUAUUGACUGCAUGAAUAUUAUAUCUCUAAAGAUUCUAAGAGCUUAGUCAGAAUUUCAUUUCACUUACAACAGUCACAAGUGUAAGGGGUUUGUGUGUUUUUCUCUUAAAAGGAAAUUUUCACCUAUAAACUGUAUAGGGUGUAAAGCUUUUUUUUUUUUGCGUUUGAUAAGACAGAUCAGUUAAUGGAGUGAGACUACAGCAACUUAUAAAGUGAAAUAUAUUUUGAAUGGUUAAAUUUUUUAUUUAAAUGUGCCUCUAAUCAGUGCCCUCUAGAAAUGCUGGUGGCCAGCAUUUUUUCCAGUUACUUGUUUUUGAAUUUUCAGCCGUUGAAAUAGACAAAGUAAUGUAAUACCUGUCAUGGUCUGAACAAAAUUUUAAGCUUUGCCACUCAGCCAGUAUUUUUGUCUAAAAAAUAUGUAGAGAGCAUAAUGUAAUUCAGCUUGACUUCUGGUUUGACUUGUGUGUACCCAUGGAGAAUUGGACUUAAGUUUGCAGCAAAACAUAGCAGCUGGUGACCAAACCCUUAAAAAGAUUUUUGCGGAACAUUUGCUUUAAAUCAGAACCAUUCCAUGGUCAAAAUUUACAUAAGAGUGAUUUGAUUGGCCAUUUUUUUCAUUGACACAUAAUUGGAACUUUGUCCAUGUUCACUUAAUCUAAGUUGUAAUACUUAGUCCAUAAAAUAGACUGGCAGCAUGUCUGACCCCAACUCAUAGCCAGCACAUUCUUUACCAUAUUUUGUUCAUUUCCUCUGAUCCCCUCUUUUUUUUCUUUUUUAAUAUACAAGAUAACACUUUAAUUUAUUUUACGAACAAUAAGUUUACAUUUUGAAAUGGAUUGCUUUUGGUGUUUUUAUUGUGAAAGAAAUUCAAUAUGUAUUUAAAUAUACAGUAUUUUGAGUAAAGAAUAUGGAAGUAUUAAAAGACAGGAAGUUUUAUAUAUUAUAAGAAAGUUUUAUCAGGGAGUAGAAAGUUUUAAAAUUUCUUGUUAAAUAUUGUUUAAGACAAGAACUAGUUUUGAUACAUACAAAUGGCAUUCUAUGUGAGUGUUCCAAAGUAGCCACAUAAUGGAAACCAUUCAAGUUGACUUCACUUCUUUUACUUUUAGAGAAGCAAUGUCCAAACCAACUGGAAGUGCUACAACAGAAUUUUUUCAGAAUGAUUUGGAGCCUGUAUCAGAGGCUAAUACUAGCUCUGCACAUCUUACAGACUUAGAGCAUCACAGUGAUGUCUGUGAAUGGACUGUAAGUGGUUAGAUUCACAUCAGUUAUAGGCAUUUUUGCAAUGUCCACAAUUUCCCAAUUUUUUUUUUUUUUUUCACUCUCUCCACCCUUACCUUAGCAUUCAUAUUCUCUUCACUGUCAUCUUUACAUUUCCCAUGGUUCUGACAAGGAGAGUUUGUUUGGCAAUCAAGAGUUUCUUGAAGUGGAAAUGAUUUCCUUCAUUCUCGUGACCUUCACAUUUGAUUUGGGGAUGAUGCUUUAAGGAGAAAUUGCAAGCCAGACCCUCUUAAGGGUUAAAGGGUUAAUGGAAUUAACUGAUGACUAUGUCAAAACUUUUAUUCUCCACAACUGGCCAUCUCUCUCUCCUAUCAUUUUGUGAUACUGUAGGUGCAAUUUCUUUCACAGUCUUAACAUACAGUUUAUAUUCAAAGAAUGAAAUUGAAUUAUUCAAAGCAAUGAAAGUGAUGUUUAAGAAAAGGUUCUAUAAUCCUAACUGUGGUGUGAACAUCUGAAUAGCAAUGUUAGCUUAACUAGAGUCAUGGUUGCUUUUCAUUUUUUUCAAAAUGUUUUAAAAAAAACUUUUAGGAUUUCAACUGGUACUCUUUUAAGUGGGGUGAGACUUAGAGUUGUUCUCUUUAAUAUCAUAGACAGUGUAGGCUUUUAACUUUUGUUACUUUUUCAGUAAAGUCAUUGUCAUUGUUAUUACAUGCAGGUGUCUACAAGUGUGUGAAAUGAACUUUUUUAUUGGUUCUAUGUGGUAACUUUGCUAUAAAGUUUAAGAGCAAUCUAAUGCAGAUCUAUUUGAUCUUUUUUUCCCUCUCAUCUUGCAUCUACUGUGUAAAAUUUUACCUUUAGGAAAGUGCCAUGAAUGGGCAGCACUUAUGGAUGGACACAGAUGCCUCUGGGAACUCCUGUUACUUGACUGAUUGUGAAUCUCUGGUAGGAAUUAAUCCUUUCAUAUAAUGCAAUUCUUAGUGUUAAAGCAAAUGACUUGGAAUUACCUGUGCUUUGCUCUCCACUCUUUGAUUGGUCUAGAAAACUUCUUCCUUAUUCUUUACCGAUUGGUGCAAAGCUUAAACCAAUAGUACUAUGACUUGUGACAGUGCGUACGUGUGUGUUUGUUUGUUUGUUUUUUUCCUUUAAUUCUAAUUUUCACCAGUUGUUUUUAACUUUGGUUUUGGUUUAUUAGCAAUGAAUUACUAUGUGCUUUAUAAGUUUAAGGUACCUUACUAAAGUUGUUUCUGAUCAUUAAAUAAAACCAACUGUCCCUACCACGCAAUCUCAAAGCUAAUUGUCGGAGUUUAAAUUUGCCUUUUUAAAAAAUGCAAUUAUGCUCACCACAACACUGACAAACUACUGUGCAGAAUGAAUACUUACCAUUUAAUUUGGGAGAGGAAGGAAACAAAGCUAGCAGAGCAGCAAGUUGAGCAACAAAAUAUAGCAAUGCUUAAAAUCUGGCUCUCACACAGCCCUUUGAUUAACUGCUGCAUAAAAAUCUUGCCUUCAGUGCAAUUAAGCUCAAUAAACUGUUGUCACAUUAUAUCAUUUUGUAGAAAUCAGGACCCAGAAAGAAGUGUGCAGGUAACUUUUUUGCAUGGAUUAUCAUUUGGCCUUAGUGGUAAAAAUUAGUGCUACUUUGCUAUAUGUCUUGAAUAUGGUUGAGCGCUUCCCUAUACCUUCAGAGACUACUUCAAUUUCAUCAUAACAUUUCCCUUGAAAAAAGGGAAAGAAACUUUAGGCUGCGUACUUCACAAUUACUUCUUGUUAGUGUUUACAUGUAGCACAUGUAUGUUUUCCAGUUUUUGACCAUUUGAGAUUGCAUUUUCCUCAACUUCUUGUCACUACAUGGAAAUUUAUUAUUUUUUUACUUAAGGUGUUUCAUUUACUUACUUUAAAUUUUGGGAAAGCUCCAUUUAUCUUCAAAGUAAUGCUGUUUAAGUCUGUGGCUGCUCACUAGCCUACAAUGCAGGCAUCUUAUGAGGGCAACUUAACAGUAAGAGGCAAGCGAUUGUAAAUUUGACUGGCCAUAUUUGAUUUGGAGCUAGAGUGGAUGGUAGAGGGAGGAGGCAAGGAAUGACAAAAAGACACCUGCCAGAAGAGGUUGUUCAAAAGCAAAACACAGCUUGAUAAGUUGUGCAUCACUGCAUUUCCAAAGUUUAAUUAAAAAGCAGAAGCACUCUGACAAAAACAAACAUACAUUGAAUGGAUGAGUGAAACAGUGAGGCUGUUCUCUCCAGCCAGGAAAUGGCUUUGAAGAAAUCUCCUCUGUGGUCACAAAUACUUUGAAGCAGACACAACUGCACUCACAGUUUUACCCACCAUAAUUUGUGUGAUGCAAACCAGCAUCUGAAAUGUACAGCUUUUCCUAAAACCAGUUGGUAACACUCUGCGAUCCUUUCCGGAGACCAAUGUGGAAUUUACGUCUAUUUGCUGUAUUUGUAGUGUGCAAGACACACCAUGGUCUGAUAAGCGCUUGAAAGAUUGUUCUAGUUUGUCUACAGCUGCUUCCUGCUCCCCAAAAAAUCAGUUUUUUCAGGCUAUAGGCAGGCCUUCUCUUCAAGAGCAAAAUCAAAAUUGACUCCAUCUUUAAUUUUCCCACAAGCAUAACAUGAAGCAGAUUGGCUUGUAGAACUAAGCCACACCAAGCAGGAACUCCUUUUGUGGGCAAGUAGAUCUUCCCAAAACAACAAUGACCUCGGCGGGUCUAAUAUUCACAGCCCCACCCUUACCCUCCUUUUUUCAAUUGUUUACAGCAAAAUUUUCCACCAAGAUAAUACUGAGCACUCACCUGCCAAAAUUAUGCCUUCUUUGCAGGCUCGCUUAUUGUGAAAGUACAGAAUGAUUGUUUUUUCUUUGUUUUAUGAAUGCAAAGUACCUAAGGGACCAUACUUUUGGUGUCUAGGAGAAAAUUACUAUGUUGUGAUUGGGAGGGAAGGGUUAGGGGGCAGAUAGAGAUAACUGCACAAAAUACACUCCUGAAAGGGGACAUGGGGGUGAUCAGUGUGCGUUCAUUCUGUCUCGGUAUGAGUACAUCACAAGUAAAAAAUAAGGCACUUUUACUGAAAUUUAAGUUUUUUCAUACAUGUAGGUUGAUAUUGGAUCAUACAGUAAAACCAUUUUUUGUUCCUUAACCCUUUUACUCUUAGUUAUUCAAUGAUUAAUUCUCCCCUUGCUGCUAGAGGUUUCCUUGUAACUUAGUUGGGAGAAUUUGGGUUAGAUCACUUGAUGAAAACUUCUACUGUACCUGAUGGAGUUGAAAUUAAUUUUCAUUGCCUGUUUCUUGGGGAAUGCACAGAUAUUAUUGCCAGUCAGAGAGGUUGUGUGUUUAUCACUUCUGGUAGUUAAGGGUUAAGUAGAUUUCAAGUAAGUUAGGAACUGUUUGAAAACAAUAUCAACAUGAACUUGCCAUUAUUCAAACAGGAGCUAGCUGUAUCUUGUGUUAAAGCUUUUGACUUUAAUGUUUCAGUAUUAUUAAUACCAAUAUUGACAAUAAUUCUGAUGGUGGAUUUCUAUUUGAUAUACCCCACAGCUUGUAAAAUCAUUGUCCAUGCAAAGUGCAUAGAACAGCUGUAUAGGGUGAGUAUUGAUAAAAAAGUAAAGUUAGACUUAGUUACUGUUGACAGAACUCUCUUUAUAGGUUGAUAAAACUAGUCAUGAAGUUGUAUUACAUACAAUAAACAUGUCAAAUGUACAUUAACUGUUUUUUCUCUGUAUGUAGUUCAAAUCAUUGAACACCAUUUUGCUCAGUGGCACUUGUCAGUAAUAUCUCUCAUGUGGUGUUCGUUUCAGAUAAACUUCAAAUGCAAACCAACAUUCAGGGAAAUCCAUCCAAAGUCUACACAUGAGGUACUUUCCCAUGUAUUGUAACCUUUUAGAUCAUCACAUGACAUGUGAUGAUGUAAAAAACAUUUUUCAAUAGUGUUCUAGAAGUGUUGUUCUCUCACCAUUAUGAUUGAAAGCCUAUUCCAAUUUGGUUAUAUAACAUUGCAUAUCAUAUGUUUGAAAAUUGAGAUUUUUCAUUUUAUUAGUGAUACAAGCAUACUCAGAAGAAGGAUAUUCUUAAUGCUCCAUGCGGCAUUGCUCUCUAUCUUACCAACCUCCUAAUGUCACCCUCUCCAUCUAUACAGCAAGUUAUAAAUAACAUUUCCCCUCUCAAUUAUGGCUCAUUCAUUUUUUAUUUGAGCCAUUAAUUACAGAAAAAGAGUUUGGUCCAUAACCUGUAGAAAAGACCUUGUAUUUGGUUAGUAAGAGUUAUAUACAGGUAUAUAUCUAUGUUUUAGAGUAACGUUCGUCAUCACUGGGUUCAUCGCCGCAAACAAGAAGGAAAGUGCUAUCACUGUGGCAAGGUAAUAAAUUACUACUUACAUAAGAGAAAUAGUGUACUUCCUUUCUUAAAACAUCGCAGUAGUAUGUUUUGGAUGAAUACAAACAAAGGAAAAUAAAAAUCAAGUGGCUUUCAAACCAGCCAAAGUUUGAUAUUUAAUAGCUAUGCCCUAAUGAUUUGCUUUGUUUUCUGAAAGAUGUAAUUGAUGUUCUGUUAUUAUAAAUUUUUCUUUUUCUACUGUACAGUCAUUCCAGCAUAUGCUAUCCUUUCAGACAAAGGUAUUUUACUUUCAAUUGUUAUUUUAACUUUUAGUUAGUGUAUGCAUUAGAAGGUGAAAAAUAGUAACUAACCAGUCUUUUUUUUUUUUUUUUUUUUUUUUUGGAGUGAAGAACUACUCUAAUCACUAUCUGUUCAUUUAUAUUUUACAUGUACAUACAUUUACAACUGUAAAAUGCAUAUAAUGAAUGUUUGCAGGAAAACUUUAGGACAGAUUGAUGACAGAGACUUCAAUUGUCUCAGUGCUAUAUCAUCUAUUUAUCUAUGCAUUUGUUUGAUUUGAUUUUUACUUACUUAUUCAUUUAUUUAUUUAUUUAAUAUUCAUGUAGUAAGUAUUAUUUUUUUAACAGGAUAUUAUUGCAAUCAGCUGUUCAUGGUGCAAAGCUGCAGUAAGUACAGCAUGUUGUUAAACUAAUUUUAUCUUCUCAAAUUCUGGACCUCCCAGUUUGAAGGUUGCCACAAUUUUAACUUUUUUCUAGUUAUAGAGGCCAGGUUAUUGUACAUUUCCAGUGCCUGAGAUUUGAUUGUUCCUCUUUAUUUUUCAUUGUACUGAGUACGUCCACAAGGUAUUAAUUUUAACUUUUUUGUUGAUAUCUUUUCUAAUAUGACUAAUUCUUUUUGCAGUAUCACAAUAAAGUGGAGUGUUUUAAGAUGAACAAAAUAGAUGAAAUUUGUGAUUUAGGAGCUCAUGCAAAUCUCAUCGUCCCACCAUCUUGGGUUGUCAGGCUCCCUCCAAAAAGAAUGCAUGUAAGUUUUCCUUUAGUUAGUUUGUGUUUUAAGAGCUAAACAAAAUCUGUGCACCUUAUUAUUACAAUUUUUUAUUUUGGGUGAACCUUAUAACUCUCAAGAUCUGAUAGUUAAUUCUCCCCUUUAGCUGCUACAAUUUCCUGUGAUUUGUUUUUAGAAUUUGGCAUUAGAUCAAGAUAACAACUUCUAACUGAUAAGUCUGAGUAUUCUCAGUACCUCUUUUCUGGAUAAUUUCUGGAUAUUAUAGGGAGAAAUUUCAUGUGAAUCACUUCUGGGAUUUAAAGGAUUAAAAAAAUAACAAUCAUGACAAAAUUUUUCAAAGAAUAUGCCAAUUAGUUAAUCACAUGAUAGGUUACUAUUGUCAUUGUUAAUAUUUCUGAGAAUUAAAGAAAUUCCUGGUGUAUAUUGAGUAUUUGGGGUACAAAGUAGUGGAAAUUUAGGCUGAGUAAUUAUACAUUCAUGAGGCUCUUGAUUAAUGACACAGAAACUGAAGUUAAUAAACAUAAAGGCAUAAUAUUACCUUCAAAAUACCCAUGAUAUGAGUCCAAAAAUACAUUAAUUUCAUCAAGUGUUAAUUUCCUUCAUGUGAAAUCUUCAUCUUUUGUAGGUGAGAAGCUCAUCCAUGAAACGGAAUAGUUUUAAAAAGAAAUCGCUGAAAAGAAAAUCAACAAAGGUUUGCAGAUGUAGUUCUUACAAUUGGAGGAUUUUUAAAUUGCAGUUAUGCCCCUUAUAAUCAUUGGUGGCCCACUUGUGGCGGCAUUUUAAUAAACACGACACAAUCUAGGAUUUAAUUAUAGCAAAACUUCAUAAGUUAAAAAGUUUCUACAGUACCUGAAAAAGCACAUCAAAGAUUAGUUCAAUAAAUCAAGGUGAAACCUUUUAUGUUAUAGAGAAGUUUGUCACUGUUACCUACAGGUAUUGUUAACUAGUAAAUUGAUUCUAUUGCCUACUACCCCUAAGAUAUGUUCAGUAAAGGUAAAUCCUCUUUUAAUCGUGACUGUUGCCUUUAAAAUUAAGCCCAAAUAAAAUAUUUCCCUUGCUCAUGCAACAUCUAAUAAACUCUUGCAACAGAGCGAUGGAAGUAGCAACAGUGAUGAAGAUGAUGAUGUGAUCAACAUUCAAUGGUUUCUUGAGCUCAACACUUUUGCUAUUAAUGUAAGGUCUUAGAGAAAGACAUAAAGUAACAUUUUAACAUAUUCUGCAUUUCUGCUUUAAACAUUUAAUUCUCAUUUAUUACUUUUGCUAACCUUUUUUGGUGUUGAAUUAUUAAAAUCACUUUUAGUAAUAAAGUUUUACAUUUUUUAAUAGCUGCUCUAAAUGAUGAUAGACCUAAUUCUGGCAAGCACUUAUGAUGCAAACAUAAAAAUAAACAGCUUAACUUUCAAUAACUUUAAGACAUGUCAUCUGAACAGUCAUUUUGUUUAUUAUUUCAUUGUAAUGGUGCUUUCUUACUGUUUUUUUUUUAAUCCAAUAAGCUAAACCAUGCACUAAACAUCGGCAACUAGGAAAAUUUAAUUAUUUGCUACAGACUGUAAAUAUAGCCACGCAACAGUAUUGAAUUCUUGCCCGGUGAAUUGAAUUCUUUUAUAGUCUAAAAUUAAAUAAUUAACAUUUCACCUUUUUUUCCCUGAAAAGUUGAUAUCAUUGAUGUCACAAUCAGCACAAGUUCUGUGAUGCUUUUUGGUCUUAGGCCUGUUUCUAAAAAGUCCUGAUAACUUAAUGGGCCUGAAGCCAUAUUUUAAAAUCAAAAUUUAAAGAAUAGAGAAGCAUGUUCUGGUGGCCUGACCAGUCCAUUUUGUUGGAAUAUGAUUAAUAAGCCAACAUCUGGUGUAGUUUAUCUUGACAUACUUACAUGUAAAUGGUGUAACCGGUAUCUCUGUUUUCUCUCUUCUAGGAAAGGAAACCUUUCGUGGUAAGCAUUAGUUCAUCUUAUUUGAACUACUGUCUCAGUUAAUCGGAAGGUGAUAGAACUAUUACAUUAUAAUGUUUCUUGUUUGGAACAGCAAUAUAUCCAGCAGUUGCAGUCAUUCAUCAGUGACAAAAAAGGCAUGACUCCAUUUUCAAGGGGAAUGAAUUCAUACCAAAUGUUAGAUAAAGAAGUGUCACAUGAAAUGUGAAGUCACAUUAAAGAAAUAAUUGUGUCUGUGAAUAAUUAUACAUUUGCCUCCUUCUUUUACUUUCCCUCCAAUGUUUGUUUGCUAGAAUAUCAUUUGCUCAAUUGCUAACCAACCCACAUCAUAUUUUGGUCAAAAAGGGUAAGUACUGGUUGAAAACUCGAACUUACCCCUGGUAACUCUCCUCACUCAGGACUAAACAUCAAUAAUAGUAAACUCUGAGUGGAGCCUGACACCAUUGCUAAUGGUAAACCAACAAUCUGGGUGGAUGGGCCAUGUGGUUGACAAGAUGAUGUUACCACAUAUCUGAAUAACAUUGUUCCAACCAAGUCAGUGCAUAUCUAACAAUGUUGUCACAGUUGCUUGGCUUGGAUGUUCAAGGAUUUAGGAAUUAUUUUUCAAGGUCAUUCAUAAGUUUUAUAUAACUAAUGGUCUCCAUAUUUCAUAGAUUAAGCCUUCUGGAUCAGCACAACGUAAGCCCCUACUAGUGUUUAUUAACCCAAAGAGUGGUGGAAAUCAGGUAAUUUACCUCACAUCUUUAUUUUUAAUAUUCAAUAUUUGUUUAAAUGUAAUUUCAGAACUGGAUAAAGAGUUCCCCACAAUUUGAUUUUCCCUACAUCUGUUUGUAUUUCCUUGUCUCAGGGAGCCAAAAUCAUGCACAAGUUCCAGUGGCUAUUGAACCCAAGGCAGGUGUUUGAUCUGUCCAGAGGGGGUCCACGAUUAGGGUAUGUGCAAAAGACUUUUCAAAGUUUGAGUUUGUAAUGUGGCAGUUCCCUGAUGGUGGUUCGUUAGUGUUUUCAAGGUUUUUAAUUCACAUGCACAUAUUUACCCAUGCAGAGUACAGUGAAUAAGUAUCUGUUGAGAAUUAAUGAAAAUGUAAGACCCAAAAAUUACCUAUUUGUGUGGUUGGGGAAGAGAAGUUUGUGCAGUUGCUUCCUGGUAUACAUGAGUUAGCAAUAGAUUCCUUUGAAACAUUGCAGAUCUAUAAUGAUAAUAGGACUAAGUGGAGUCCAAUGACUGCAAAGCAGGAGUCCCAAACACAGUAGAUUCCCUCAAAAUGGGUGCCCAAUGAUCCUAGAUUGAAAUGAUCGUCUGUGUACUUGACAUGGUCAAAAUCUAUUCUGUGGCGGUUCACUUGGAUUUCACAAGAGAUCUUUUACUUGAAAUCAACUGAAACUCUAAUAACUGUUCAGUCAUGAUAAGUCUGAGUACAGCUGUUGUUCUUAUUCUAAAUUUGUCUGUGACAAUAGUCUGGAAUUGUACCGAAAGGUCCCCAAUCUUCAAAUCCUAGCCUGUGGUGGAGAUGGAACAGUAAGUUAUUUAUAUUUUUAGAAUUCACAUUUUUACAUUAACUGAACCUUUUUUUCUUGAGAUUUCAAAGGUGAUGUACAUGGUGAGCUUGAGUGGCCAAAAGAGCUGUGCAUCUCUAAAUCACUAAUAUACCCUUACUCUAAACAGUUACUAAGUCCCUUCUCCACUCACAGUAUACUUUGGGUCUCAUUGAGACCAAAUAAUUUCUGACAUGAUUUCUUGUGUUAUUUCUGUAGGUAAUUUAUAGUAUUAGUAUUGGUACCAUGUUACAAUUUGGCUGGCCUUGUUGUAACACUAUUAACAUUUCCCUUUUUUUUCCAGGUUGGCUGGGUCCUGUCUGAACUUGAUAAACAAAAAAUUACACCCCCACCCCCUGUGGCUGUACUUCCACUGGGGACAGGAAAUGACUUGUCGAGAGUUCUCAACUGGGGAGGGGUAAGGAGUAUUGCUUUGAAAUUUUGCCAGGAGAUAAGGAAUAGGGGCUACAAUGUCAAAUUCUCCUAUCCUUUUUCAAAGAUCACUACAUCAUAUUUGGAAAUUUGGAUUUUUUUUUUUUCAGUCAGAUGGAACCGUAAAAAGCAAACUUUUGCUCCUGUCCAAGCAUCAUCAGAAGAUGGGCGCUCAUAUCUCACAAAUCCCAAUUAAAUCUCUCACAAUCAUUGCAAAACUAAAGUUUCACAGAUCUCUAUGCCUGGACAAGCAAAUCUGCUAGAUAUCAUUUGAAAGAACCAAAGUUGUGACUGCUUGUUAGAUUUGUAAGAUAUUUAUCCUGACUCACAUGCUGCCUGUGCUUGUUUGUUACUCCUCGUGGACAAGAUGUCCGUGCGUCACAGGUUACCCCAUAAUAUUUCGUGUGGAGUUUUCCUGAAAACUGAGCCCACUCAUGGGUAUAGUCAUCGUCAAGGCAUAUUCCGUGAUGUGUGCUCUUUCUUUUGAAGGGUUACACAGAUGAACCUUUGUCAAGAAUUUUAACACACAUUCAUGAAGGAAGUAUUGUUCAGCUCGACAGGUUAGGCAUGAUGCAUUUUAACUUGUAACAUGUGUUUUUUUUCGUCGUCACUCAAAAUGAUUAUUCCACAUUUAACACUUGUAAGUUUAUUUUCCUAGAUGGAAUCUGGAAGUAACAUUUAAUGAAGCAGGUGAAAAUGAUUCCUCUGAUGAAGCGGUUGACAAGGUGAAUAAUUACCGCUGGAUAUUUAUUUUUUCUUCUCGAUAGUUUUGUACAGAGGUUGAUUUUAAGCAUAGCGGGUUUCAACUGUGAGGAUAGUUUUGAAGCUAUCAGAAAGGUGGCAGUCUGCUUUUGCUCAAGAUUCUUCCUUCCCAUGUGAAUCUGUGUCGUAGAGUGCUAACUGUUGAUUCAUUAAUUUGAAUUUUCAUGUGUUUCAUUUGGUUUAUGGUCUGGAGUAAUCUAACCUGUUGUUUUUCCUCGCCUUUAGCUUCCCUUGAAUGUCAUGAACAACUAUUUCAGUCUGGGAUUUGAUGCUGAAGUGUGUUUAGAAUUUCAUGAAUCAAGAGGUAUGUACGCCAUGCAAACAGUUCGUAGUUUAAAAUCAAUUUCUUACGUCGUUAGAAGAAAAAAAUGACGAACAAAAAAAUACAACAAUGCAAAACCCACUCGCAGUUCGUCCCAUUUUGAUAGACUGACCAACACUUUAUUUGCGUAUUCAUGCUCAAUCAUUUCUUCCUAUCUCUUCCUUCCCUUCUAGAGGCCAAUCCAGAUAAAUUCAACAGUAGAUUUAAAAAUUUAGUAUUUUAUGGAAAGGUAAGUACUCUUUGAUAACACAAUCAUUUGAGCUACAGUAUAUCAAAAACGUGGCAAGCUAACUAAAAUUACUCGGUUAAGGGUGUAACUGUAAUACAGUAUGAUUGCUGUUAAUACUUAAACCGCGUUCAGUUUGAAAUACAUAGUAACGGAACUGAUGUAGUGAAUCUUCUCCCAAGUUAGCAUGAUAACUCAUCAGUCUUCAAUUUGCAGGCUAGUAGUGCAACUUUCCUUCAGAGGAAAGCUCGUUCCUUCUUCAAAUAUACCACUAUAGAGGUUUGUUCUCUCAAUUUCUCCAUGUAAUUUUGAGAUUUUCUGUGUAGUUAUUUGAUUGGUUACAUUUUAAGUUUAAUUUGACGGGAAUAUAAGAAAAAUACGUUGGCUACUGGACAGCUGUUAUUGGGUUAAGGAAUGUACGAAGACGCUUUGAUAAGUAGCCCCUUUUUCAAUUUUCUUGCGCGCUGAUUUCAAAUAUUCACAGUCUUUUACCUAAUCUUGUCCUUUUAGCGUGUGAAUUAGUGGUGUAUGUGAUCAAACUACUAUCCCUCUCGACAUUAAGAAUAUCUUAAAGCCAACAAGUUUUUUUAAAUUUACACUUGUGUUGUUGUGUUGCAGUGCGAUGGAGUUGAUCUCACUGAUAAGCUUCAAGAAACCAAACCUUUGUGCCUCUUAUUUGUCAAUAUCCCAUCGUAAGUUGUGUCACUUAAAUUUGAUAUGUCAAUGGUGAAUCCGUUACGCUUUGCAAAAUGAAAAUAUUAUCCAAGAAGAAAUCUCAUCUUUGAUGUUUUUGUAACAGCUGUUUUACCCCAUUUACCCGGGGUGUUUGAAAUUGGUCCGGGGUUGAUGAGUUGUUGAGGGGAAUUUUAAGGGCACAGGAAGAGGGAAGCCCAGAAACUUCUUCCUCUGUCGUUUCCUUUGCAUUUAUUGUCUCCCCUAUCUCCACCCACCUUCGCUGCAAGGGAGUGUGUCUCUUCAAACUCUAGAGACAAAUAAAAUUAUUCGUUAUGACUCACCAGCUUUCUCACAUACACAACUGAUAAACUUUCUCAGACUCGUCACGCAGUCUUUAUGCGGUGGAACGCGUGACAACCCAAUGAGGACAGGGUAUCAAACUUGUAUAUUCCCUUGCUUUUUCUAUUCAUACCCAUAUUUCUUUAUCUUUUAGAUAUAGUGCCGGUACGUCACCUUGGGGACACCCGGGAAAAGACAGCGUAAGUAAACCAUGUAGAGUAAAGAAAACGAACCAAUGAAUCCUCAAAGCCUACGUUGGUGGAAAACCACAAGUAAAGAAGGUUACUGUACCCUAGUGCUAGUAAUCGUCUGUCGCCUUGUUUGACGCUGCCUCCUGGGACGCUAGACACAACCGGAUGCCAUCAUUUAGGAAUAUUUUUAGCAAGUCGUAAGUUUCUGUGUUUCAGUCAUUAAUUGUUUGGUAUUUUUGUAGGAGUUUCAGUCUCAAAGACUUGACGAUGGUUAUUUGGAGGUGAUUGGACUCACUUCAGCCACGCUGGUAAGCCACAGCCACAGUAGGGUCAUGUUUGAGACUUUUAAUAGUUGUUGUUAGAUCCAGCUGGCUGAUUAAAAAGCUAAGCUCUCGGUAAUGAUUAACUUAACUGCCGUUUCAGCUGGCACCUUUAAGACCGACACCAGUUUUCCUGUUAUAGCGGCAGUCCUUAACGGUUGAGUGCCUUAAAAAAGACACCGUUUUAAAUUUGUUAUCAAUGCUUUCGUUCUUUUAAUAAAAAGGAAAACGAAAACAAAACGGAAAUCGAAUUGUAAUUCAGUGCGAGGAUCUCGUAAAGGGGCUCGGAGGAGAGCAUUAAGGCUUUUUAUUGACUCAAGUGAAUAACGUGAUAGGAUGACUUCUCUUCUUUAGGCGACGACACGAGUUGGAGGUCAUGGUGAGAGGAUAGCACAAUGUAAAGAGGCUGUUCUUGUAACCAGUAAAUCUCUUCCCAUGCAAGUGGAUGGAGGUCAGUAAACGUAAAACAUUCCUGUCUUUGUCCCCAUAUCUUAACACUUCUUGUUGUCUUUGUCAUCGUUUCUGAUCACUCAGGCUUCUUUUAAAGAAUUAUCUUGCAAUUAAAAGAAGGCUCCGAUACCCAAACUAAUGACAAACGAAUGGAUCGUGCCAAUUUUCACCUCUUGGACCAGUGCCCACUUCUCUCAGAAAGACACGCCCCAAACAAACAAUUUAUUAAUACCGUGUUUUACGUUUUCUUAAUGAUGAAAAGGAGCAAAUCGCUCUGCAACCGUUCCAAUCGCACAGUUCACUUGAUUUUCGUUAAAGCAACACAUUUGUGAUAAGAACAAGCUGAUUAGAACUCGGAGUUAGUAAAGGGUUUUUACUUAUAUCUUUGCAAAUCCAUUUUUGUUCUCUUCUUAAGAACCCUGUAGGUUAUGCCCAUCCAGAAUAAGAAUUAGUAGGAGAAACCAGGCCAACAUGUUACAAAAAGUGAAGGUUAGUGUUUUAACCUCGAUGUUUUACUUUGAUUUAAAACUACUGGUGUAACAGGAGCGAUAAAUUAAACUAGAUAAAUCAUUGCAAAGACUGAUAAAUGUAUGAACUGAAAUUCGAAUGGUAUUAACAGGACUUAGUAAGUCGAACCUUCUUCUAUCUUCCUCUGAAUAAAACACCAAUCAUCGUAGGUUAUCCUUCGUACUUCGUCAGGUCUCUGGGUUAUUCUUGGCGAUGUAUUGUCCACCAAAAUUCCCAGAGAGACGUUACAAGAAUUAACUGUCCUGCCCCAAAAUACACCGCGGGGACAGCAGCCAGGACUCAACCUUGAACUGUUGGAUCCGGAACCUAGCAUAUCAACCGGAGGCUACCUUUUUCCCAAAAGUGUGCAUGAAUAUGAUUAUUGAUUUAUUGUAAAUGAAAAGAAGCUGAUUUGUAAAAGACGCCGUUUUCAUGAUAUUUAGUGAUCCUGCUAUGCAGUGUGGCGCCUACCAUUAACUUUCUUGUCAUUUUCAUAUGUAGCGUGUAUAACCAACUGAAUGGGCCUUUUCAAAAAACACUUUCUUUCCUUCUCUCUACAGAGUCGGACAGAACGUUCCAAUUCGAAUGCAGGGUAUGAAUUCUCUCAAUUAUGCCGUUCUAACUCCUUGGUAUCUCUUAGUUUUAGUUCAUUGUUUCCUCAUGUUUCAGGUUGAAAACCAGUGGAAUUACAAGGCAAUUUGUUUCUUUGUUUCUUUGUGUAGGCCUAUUCCAUGUCCUGAACCAGUGAAAUUACAGAUAUUUCGAGUGGCAUUCAGUGAUUAUGAGAAGCACUGUUGCGAUGUAUUACAGCUAAGGGAAACUUGUGAGUACGAAAUGUUGAAUCGCGACCUAGGUUAAGCUUUUUAAUUCCCGGGGAUCGGAAAAGAUUGGGGAAGGGGAGCUUAUUGAAGAGAGGGACAUCCUGUUGAGGGUCUAAUAAUUAGGUGCGCUUUUUGGAGGGCUUAUCGGAGAGAGGGACAUCUAGAUGAGAGACUUACUGGUUACGGAGGCUAAUCGGAGAAAAUAGCUUAUUAAAAACCAUCUGAGAGGCACAAUUAUAUCUUACAAAAUCUCGCCCAGCUGUAAUGAAUAUCCUUUAAGGUUUGCAUCCCUGUUUCAAACGGAAACUAAAACCGGCUUUCAAAUACUGUAUAAUUUUACAGUAACUCACUCCCAUUAAAAAACUCCUGUGAUGACAAAAUUGUGGCGAUUAGUCAGCAUUAAUAUCUCUUUGGAGAGGAGUUGGAUUGUAUUCUUUAAAUUCUUCCUCCAAUACUUUAACCUACCAUGAGCGCAGAAACAGUCAUGUUGAUUACUCGUUUUAUGUUUUACAGCGACGCUUUUGGCGACGACUGCGAUAGAACCCGACGCUGACUUAGAGCAAAUGAGAGCUUGGAUCGAGCGGUUUAAAGAGGACGAGGAGGAAGAGGUACCAGAAAGUUAAGAAAAAUGGUUUUUGAGAGCAAUUAGAAUGAAAUUACCUUUUUGUGAAAACAAAUUAGUGUAAAUACCUUUGACUGUUGUACAAACAUUCUUUUUCUUUUUCGUCUUUCAGAAAGCAACCUUGUCAGAUGAGUGGUGUUUCUUGGACAGUAAGCCUCUAUUGUGUCUUUAUUUUAAUCGCAUAGGGUUCAUAAUCAAAAAAUGCAAUUCGGAUAGCACAGAAUGCUUUAGAAAUAUUGAACUUUCACUGAAGACUGUAGGUGUAAAUUCAGCUUGGUUUGACCUACUGUUUUCAUCUCUUUCUUUGGUUCCUUUUUGAGAUUGUUUUUGUUGAGUUAUGAUUUGAGCCAUCUCUUUGCUGGUUUCUCUGUAUCAUAUUCCCAGUCGCGGACUGCUUAGAGAGGUUCUCAAGGGACUUGUAUGUACUGUAUGUAGUACUGGCUGAGGUUCCUGUCUAGUAUACUUCUACUUUUACCGGUGCUCAUCGAAAGACCGUAUCAACAACAGUAUGAAAUAGCUAUUAUUCAAAAACUGAAUGGGUAAUUUUUUUCUUCUUUGUAGCAACAUAUCCUGACAGGGUUUAUCGUGUCGAUGUCGCCCAGGUAAACAGUGUUACUCGUGCACCUACCUCAUUUCUCCUUCUUUUUCCGUUUUUGAUUAUGUUUUUGGUUUCUUACGAUUGGGGUGAUUUUCUUACCUUCUAGGAAAAAAUAUACAAUGUAGUGGACAUUCUCGAGGAUGGAAUAUUCAUCGUCGACCUCAAGGAUGACCUUGUGAAGUGAGAACUUCCUGAUAAUUUUAUUUUUUUACGAUCUACAGUCUCGAUUUCCUUUCUUUCAGCCCCUUAAAAAGGGAAAAACAGAACGUCUGCUGUCUGUAGCAUGCUUUUUGCGCCUUUUUCACGCUGUUAAAAAAGGAACGCCCGAUCGCCGAACAGUUUCCUUCAAAUUAUAUCGCAUCAAUUAAUUGUGUUCAGUUCUCAUUCGAAGUAUGAUUUAAGCAACGCUGCAUAGUCAGUGAUUGAAAUGUCACGCAGCUUUUCAUCAAGCUUUCAUUUUUGAGGUAAAUCACGGCUGCUUAGUAGAGGGUUGUGACGCCUCUAAACAGUCAAAAACAAAACGUCAAAUGAAACCUUGGUCUCGAAUUAAGAGGGCUUUCAAUGUUAAAGAUUCUUACAUGCGUUGGCAGCUCUGCAUGCUUCCGUCUCCUUGCGUUUCGUAGUUAAAUUUGUAUUGAGAAGGAAAAGUAAACAGAGGAAGUUUACGUGCCUAGUGAUUUUCAUAGAGACCACUUGAUCUGCUUCCAGAACACAGCAAAAUAACAAGACCGGUGUUCCUAACACAUCCUCUCGAGUCAAGAGACCACUGUCCGUCCCUGGGGGUCCUGUUCCCAGGGCUCCCAGUCUUAUCAAUCGGUCACCAGUUACUCUGCCCCCUCCUCGGAGGCAUAACAGCUCACUUGGAUCCAGUCCAUCGGAGAGUGUGGAGGAUAUUGUGGAAACAACUAUCAUGACACCAUUUCACACGUAAGUUAACUAAACUGGCAAUUUCUAGUAUCCGUUUGAACAGGUUUUGUCAGUACAGUUUCCUCUUUGUCUUAAAGACACGAGUUUGCGUCGAAACCUUGAACUAGUUUGCUUUCCAAGCAUCGAUUUGGCUUCCAAAGACGGCAUUCUACUGCUUCAGCUUUUUUGAACAGCACAAAUAGCUGGUACAUAAAUUUGGUUAGGAAAUUGUUUAAUAAGGUAGUGUUCUAAGAUUGAAAAAAGGCCUUUGAUACUGUUAAUGUCGAGAUCCUCUGUCGCAAGCUAGAAUUAUAUGUUAACACUGGGAACGCCCUGUUGUUUUUUUUUUUUAUCCUCCAUUACAUACACGACCUACCAGGGUGCAUUGGGCAGGCAACUCCGUGUUAAUUCGCAGACGACACAAAUCUGACCAAAAAAUAAAUUGACCGUCAAUGUCGCAGAAACCGAAUUCAUGUUUAUUUUCUCUCUUUACAUUCUAAGAAUCUUUCCAUCUCAGCCGUUAAUUAAAAUUGAUGACAAAAGCCUAAAUCAAAUCUUGCAAUUUGGGCUUUUGGUGUUGAGGUGGACCAUCACAUCUCUUGGGGUAACCAAAUUGAAAAGGUGGCCUAGAAAGGCAGUUCAGGAAUCGGAGCCUUAAGUCUCGUUCGGGGUUAAGUAGACGGAGCCACUCUAGUUAAUAUCUCUAAUGCAUAAAUGCAACCCUAUUUCAGUUUCUAAAGUCAGGUCAGGGACACCCUUGGAAAAGGCCACUCUGAUAGGCUUCAAAAGUUUUCCAAAAAUAGAUCUGCUAGACUCAUAAUAUAUAUGAGCAACAAUACUCAUGCGCCAGAGGCUCUCAGUGCCUUAGGUUAGGAAACAUUAGACACUCUACGAGCAAAUUCCAAAGCUAAGGAAAUAUUCAAAGUGCUUAACGGUGUGACCCCAAGUUGACUCGCUGGAAGUGACGGUAAUCAAUACAAUCUCAGGGGCUCCUUUACCUGCACUGCAGUUGCCUUUAGCUAAGGCCGAAAACUGAAAAAUGGACAAAGAAGACAAGAAGACUAAUGAAUGAGUUCUUGGACAUACGUGUGCUUCACAACGCACCCAGUCACAAUGUUUGAAAUUUAUAAAAAGAGCGAUCCAGAGCGUUUUCUAACGUGAUAAGUCCAAUUAAGAAUGUUUCAGUCACCCGUCAGAGUAAAUCAUAUUCACGGUUGUUGUUUUCUUGCCAUCUUUAGUAAUCAAGAAUUCAAGUUACCUUCCCCCGAUGGAGAUGACGCGGACACUAUUUGGUGAGUAGAAUAAGAAUAGUCACCUUGAAUGAACCUUAACAAAGGAAACAGUCUUAUUGCCUUACGCUAUUAAUCCAUGCGUACCUUGAGCACAUUUUCACCCUGUCCCAUGUUCUAAGAAUUACUCACCUGUCGUAAAGUACUUUAUCGACUCGUGAUGUAAUUUUUCUGUUCAUUGUAGGGUGAAGAAUGAAAUCAUGAAGCGUAACGAAAGUAGUAAGUGUUGAGCUGCGUUACUAUUGUCACUGUGGCUUGUUUGUCGUUCGCUUGUUCUAUCUAUGUAGUCUCUCCUCAGUCAAAGUCGAUUUCCAAGAAUCAUAAGCAAUGUACAAUUUGUAACUAAAAUAACUUCUUUUUUUUUAAGGCAUGAUUGAGGCUUCGAAAAACGGAGACCUAGACAAGGUAAUUAGGCGUUUUCUUCAAAUGGAUAACUGUUUGUAAAAUAUCGCAGUAUAAACUGGCUUUGACUCGCUUUUGAGUUGCUUGGUGAAGGAGUAUUAUCCAGUCUUGUCUAUUAAUCAGCAAAUUAUAUGUCCAUAGUGAACAACGUUCUUAUCGCACAGUAGGAUAGGAUACUACGCAAGUUGCGAAUUCAGAAGAAUGUUUCUGCUGAGCUCAGAGCACAUUUUGUUUGAAGCCAGAGCUAAAAAAAAGAUUACAACGAUAAUCGAUACGUAGAAAAAUAUCCGGCAUGAGGAGUCAGUGCAAGCUCAAACGAACUUUCUGAGUGCGGCGUGAAAAUGGAGUAAUCAAGGUGCGAUUGGUCGUAGUUUUCCAUCCGAUUUGUUAAUGGGAUGGCGCGUGAUUUGAAGACUUACUGAAUCACUGAGCGUAGUGAAGCAAACCACUGUUAGAGCGCAUGUCUUUUGACUUGCAAAUGACACUCAUUCAAUAACAACGCCCCCCUGGCUAUAUUAACUGCCGCACUUAAUUUAUUCGACAGAUUCACUGAGUUUUUCCGCUCCUUUUUCUAUUUUAUUAUUAUUUUUUUUUUUUAUGGUGUUAAGGUUAUUGAGUUGCACCGUAACGGUGUCAGUCUGUCAGCUGGCGAUCGCCGAGGCUGGAGGCCGUUACAUUACGCCGCCCGUCACGGACACAAGGAGGUGGUCAGAUAUAUCAUCUCCAAUGGUAAGUUGAUACAGUGACUGAUACCUUAGACAUGUUUUUCCUUUCUACGUCGACAUACAAACCUGCUUGCAGGCGUAAAAAGGGAGUAAAGAUUGAGCGAUCCACGCUUACGGGAGGAACCUACCGUAGGCUACGUGGUUGUCCUGCGUCGUUAUUCCCAGCAACGCAAGAUUGUGCCAGCUAACAACAAGUACUGACAGCUGCAAGCAUUGAUUUCUAAUCUGGCCAACUGCAGACCAGCCAAAUUAAGUAAACUAUACACAUGUUUGGUUUGCUGAGCUUGGAAAUUAUUACUGCAUGUCUUACUGUGAAAACAUACAAUCGAUAUUAGCCGAUGAAGUUAUAAUGAUGGAACUAAUAAUUGGACUGGAAACCCAAUUGAGCAAAUUUUUGUAAGUAGAACCCAAGAUCAUCGAAAUUUCUGAAACAUAACUACUUCAAAAAUGUUUUAGAAUGCUUAGUGCAAUUGGUGGAAAGGAACGCCUUGCGAAGCUAUUACCUUAACCGACCAGAGGACAUUUGACGACAUGAAACGUCAGGAUAGUUUUUAGUAUUACAGGGACGUCGAGAUCGCAACUAAAGAGGGGGAAAACAUGCCUUCUUUUCUUCUUAAUUUGAGUGCUUCACAGGUUACUUUUGUACAUGCUGUCAACGUCUUGUAAAAUAGUAAUGGUAUCAUUGUGGUCUUCUCCUCAGUUCCCCGUUGCGUUCUGGAUCUUGUCGAGGAAGAAAAGUAAGUGAAGCUAUUACAAGAGCUACCAAUCCAUUUUUCUUUCUCUACAUAGUCGCAUGGUCUAUUCAGACAUGACUCAUUUGUUGUUUCCUCCUCAGAGGCCAGUCAGCCCUUCAUAAAGCAGCCCUCUAUGAACGGCGGACAAUUUGCUCGCUGUUGGUUCAAGCCGGCGCUUCACUCACAAGAACAGAUUAUGAUGUAAGUCACCAGGCUAACCUACCGACUCUUUUAUUAAUUUUUAGUUGUCAGUGGUUUAAAUUAGGUUCCUGCAGAGUCUACAGUUGUUCAACAAAUAGGUAAAUUUGCAAACAAGACCUUGUAGGAAGACCUUCGAGCUUCCCACAAAAAACUUUCGUAACGUUGCUAUCUAGUACGCCAGCCACUAAGGUUGCUUGAAAACCUGACUAAAAGUGAUGCUAUUCUUCCCUAAUUAAGGGUAAUACACCAAGAAUUCAAGCUUUGAAAGCUCAAGAUAAGGAACUUGCCAAAUAUCUUGAAAGUAAGUAUCUCUCUCUUCAGGCUCCUUUCAUUGUGCUAGUAGCAUUUACUUGCCUUUACUUAAAAAUGACGAACGUAAAAUCAAGUGGUUUCUAAAGCAAACUACUCUUCUAAAACUUGUUGCAUAUCAUAUCAACUUACUUUUUGUUUUGUUUCAGCGCAAGAACACCUUCAAAUUAUAGCAGCUGAAGAUUACGAAACUGCAGUGUAAAAAGGAAUGCUUGAGCGCUCGAUAUUGUCACUUCAGAUGCCGUCGUAAACGAAGGAACAAAACUAACGUGUACAGAAAAAGAAAUUAGAUAACAACAGAAGCUCCUUAUUUUUAAAAGAAUAGCUUAUUAGAUAAUUUGAAACCAUGGCAUUCAUGCAUUUGUAGGUUAUAUAGUAAUUAUUCACACUCAAAAAGGAUAAACGUAAAAUGAAAAUGGCACAAAUAGGUGCCAAAAGAUCCAGAUGACUGGCUUUAUAAAUAUAAGUAUGAGACUUAAUUGCAUAUGAUAGCCAUGUGAGAUCGGCGCUGUUAUUAUGAAUUUAUUUAAGUUCUGUUGACAUUGCUUUAUCUUUGUAUUUUUCUCGGUGACUCUGCCUUAUCUAGAGGACAUGAUUUUGUUCCUUUUUUUUAUUAUAAUUGUUUUGAUAAUGAGGCUCCAAGGUGCUGAAGCCUUUUGAAUAAAAACUAACAGCAAAAAGUGGUGUUAUCACACUUCGCAAUAGCCUGUGAACACUGACAAAUUUAUGAUCAAAUGCGCCUAGAAAUCUGUCAGAAGGCGUAUACUUGUGCUCGGUUGUUUUCCUUUCUUGAUGAAUCCAGUUAACUUAUCUCUAAUGGCAUUGUUACGGUGAUCAGUAUUUAUUGGCUUUGAAGAAAACCACGAAUCUAGUACUUAAGCUAUCGGUUACUUUAUCUCGCUAAACACGAACUGAAUCUGCCUUUUUAAGUUUUUAUGUGCCUCGUCUUUAUUUUUCUCUUUCCAAAUAAACUUCCAAC